GUUUUAGGCUAGCAGCAGCCACGCUGCCGGAAGCUUCGCUGUAAUGGGCCGCAACAAGAAAAAGAAGCGAGAUGGAGAUGACCGGCGGCCCCGGCUCGUCCUCAGCUUUGAUGAAGAGAAGCGGCGGUCUCAGUCUGCGCAGAGCAGUGCCCUGGACUUCUCGAGUCCAGCCCGGUCCAUGGUCGCGGCACACAGCCGGCUGCCGUAGACGAACGACGAGAGAAUAGGAUGAGAGAGGUCUAUGUUCAUUCUCUCAUCGUACUGUGUUCCAACCAAGCUUGGGUCCCGGAGGCUGAACUUCUGUGCUUCGGUGUCAUCGCGGAUAAAUGGGAGUACCUGACAGGCUUCCACAAGCGGAAGGUGGAGCGGAAGAAGGCGGCCAUUGAGGAGAUAAAGCAGAGGCUGAAGCAAGAGCAGAAGAAGCUCCGGGAAGAGCGCCACCAGGAAUACCUGAAGAUGCUGGCAGAAAGAGAGGAGGCACUAGAGGAGGCAGAUGAGCUGGAGCGGCUAGUGACAGCAAAGACAGAGUCAGUGCAGUACGACCACCCCAACCACACAGUCACCGUGACCACCAUCAGUGACCUGGACCUCUCCGGGGCCCGGCUGCUAGGUCUGCCCCUGCCUGAGCAAGGGGACCAGGAGGAGGCGCCAUCAACGGAGAAGCCAACUAAAGCCUUGCCCAAGAAGUCCAAAGAUCCCUUGCUAUCCCAGCGCAUCUCCUCCCUCACAGCCACGCUGCACGCGCAUGGCCGGAAAAAGGUCAAAAGGAAACACCCUCGGCGGGCCCAGGACUCCGCCAAGAAACCUCCUAGUGCCACUCGUACCAGCAAGACCCAGCGCCGCCGGAUGACUGGAAAAGCCAGGCACAGCGGGGAGUGAGCGCUCGAGAAGCCUGCGGGUCCCCAGCCGAAGUCCCUGGCUGUCCCUGUAAGCCAGCUGUGUUGAGGAGGAACUACAGCCUAAGCCUGGAAAGCAGGACUUCUCCAGCCUGGGGCUGUCCCUGCUUGGGGACCAUCCUGGGGUUGAGCCCAGAAGGAAUGGACUUCCUAGAGCCCAGGUCCUGGAGCCUGCAGAGCACUGCCAGGGCCUCCUCACUAAUGUACAUCACCUGGGCCUCAGCAGUCCUUGAAACUC